AUGGCGUCCAUGGCGGCGGCGAUAGCAGCCUCCCGCACGGCGGUCCUGAAUGGGAACCGGCCGCUGGACGAGCGGGAGCGGAAGCGCUUCAGCUACUUCUCUUCGCUCAACCCCAUGGCUCGCAAAAUCAUGGCGGAGAAGGAGCGCAUCCGCGAACGCUACGGGCCAGACUGGGAGCGGCUGCCGCCCCGCCAGCAAGACGAGAUUAUUGACAAAAGCCUAGUGCAGCCCCAAGUCCAGGCCCGGUACGCGGCUCACCGAGGGGCAGCCCGAGACAGCCCGCCCCCGGUCUGCUACCCGAAUCUGCGCCUCAAUACCGGCCAGAAGGUAGUGCACUUCGGAGACGAGGAUAUCACCUGGCAAGAUGAACACUCUGCUCCUUUUUCUUGGGAAACCAAGAGUCAAAUGGAAUUCAGUAUUGCUUCUCUGUUGAUCCAAGAACCGGGGGCUGCAGUGCCUCAGCACGAACAGAAACAGCCUAGCAAAACUGCACCUGGCCCCCCAGCCCCCAAACCUUCCCAGGGUGUUAAACCACAAAACUCAGACGGGCUUAUACCGGCCAAAAAAGAGGAGGAGUCCUCAUUUUGGAAGAUAAAUGCUGAGCGCUCCAAGUACGAAGGGGAACAGUCGGAGUUCCACUCGCUAACCCCAAGCCAAAUCAAAUCCAUGGAAAAAGGAGAGAAAACCCUCCAGCCUAAUUAUAGGCAAGAAUCUGGUCCAAAAGAAGUAACUAAAGCAGAAAAGCCUAGUGCUCCGAAGCCUGAAAAAGCGAUCCCCCCAGUUGUUCCCACAACACCUGUAGAAUGGGAAAAGCCUCCAUCCAACCAACCUGCAGUUAGUGCCUUUGAAGCUCAUCCUGACCCUGCAGAGAAAUUGUCAUCUGCUGCAACUCAAAAUGAAGAUACCCAAAGCAAUUUUGUUCCAGAUUUGCAAGGAUUUGACCAGGGUAAUGCAAAUAAUGUUAUCCUGAAGACGGGAUUUGAUUUUCUGGACAAUUGGUAGACAAAAACAAUCCUUCAGUUAGGUUUUGAAGAAAGAAAAAGAGCAUCUCUCUCCAUUUUGUCUUUGAUUUCUGUUACUGGUUUUUCUGUGUGUUUUUAAAACUUUUUUCCCCAGUUCUUUUUUAAUGGUGCCCUUUGUACUAAUACUUUUUUUGUAGAAACCUGAUAAGUAUUUGUAUUUUGAAGUGAUCCAUUGUUAGAAGGUUGGGUGGAUUUUUUUGAUCUUUUAUUAAUUGCCAUUUUAUGCAUCAUAUUUGGUGAUGAACAGGGAUACAUUGCCUAAUAUUUGUAUGUAUGCUAAGGACAAAGUGUGCAAUCUAAUUAGAGAGAAAAUGAAGCCAUCUGACAGAAUACCCAUAUUUAUUUUACACAUGAAUGCCAACAGCUAAUAGGCUACCAUCUGUAUUAUUAAAUACAUUUGUACAAGAAGAUGAUCGUUUAUAUCAAGCACAGAUAGUUUUUAAUAUCAUCUGUCAGAGCCUUGGCUAGUAGGUUCAAGGUUCUGGAAUUAGUGGUCCAAAACAUUUUGUGAAUACCUUAUGGUCUUUUCCUAAUAGAGGAAAGAUGGAAGCACAGAUUCCAAAAGCCCAAAAUUCAGCACAUCUCUUUCAAAUAUAUUAUGCAGGAUAUAAAUCUGCAAACAUUUAUUUAUAUGUUUAUUUUUACAUUGGUCUAUGACACUUGAGUUGGAUGCAGGAAAAA